AAAAAUUCCUUCGCGUUUUGUCGAUGUUUAAAAAAAUUUCUUAUUAAAAGUUUAUAAAAAAGAAUCCGAUAAAUCUUGAAUUACUUUUAUUACAAACCAGUGUUCUUUUAACCUGUUCAUAAUGGGUAAAACCAGCAAAGAUAAACGUGAUAUUUACUAUCGCUUGGCUAAGGAGGAGGGCUGGCGUGCUCGUAGCGCAUUCAAGCUUAUCCACAUCGAUGAAGUUUUCAACAUCUUUGAAGGUGUUACCAGAGCGGUGGAUUUGUGUGCCGCCCCCGGAAGCUGGAGUCAGGUUCUGUCUAAAAAGUUGUACGAAAAUCGUGACAAGGAUGCCGAGGAGGUCAAAAUCAUUGCGGUCGAUUUGCAAGCCAUGGCUCCUCUACCUGGAGUCAUCCAACUUCAAGGGGACAUUACCAAGCUCAGCACCGCCAAUGCCAUCAUAGAGCAAUUUGGUAAAGGCCAAAAAGCUCAGCUAGUAAUAUGCGAUGGAGCACCGGAUGUUACCGGAUUGCAUGACAUUGACGAGUACAUUCAGUCGCAAUUGCUCCUCGCCGCUCUAAAUAUUACAACGCAUGUCCUGGCGGAAAAGGGUACCUUCAUAGCGAAGAUUUUUCGCGGUAAAGACACAACUUUACUGUACUCGCAGCUUAGAAUCUUUUUCGAGAAGGUUUCGAUAGCAAAACCAGCUAGCUCCAGAAACUCCAGCAUUGAAGCAUUUGUUGUUUGCCAAAAUUACAAACCGCCAGAGGGUUACAUUCCGCAGAUGAUCAACCCGAUGUUAGACGAUGUGCAGAAAAUUGCCAGCGAAACCGAGUCUGAAGUCAACCGGUCUAUAAUUCCCUUCAUCGUGUGUGGGGAUCUACGAGGCUACGAUUCCGAUAUGUCGUACAGCUUAAAUCUGGACCCGGAGAAGGACUACGAGUACCGGGAUGUCGUUCAAAAGCCACUUGCCCCGGCCUACAGCGAGGUGUUGGAGCGGAUGAAGACCACUUCGCUAAAGCACGGCAGCAUCAAGGUGGAGCACGAUAAGAAAAAGGAUUAAAGUCAUUUGGAGAGAAAACAAGUUCAGCUUCGUGGUUAAAUAGGGGGCUAUAGAGGAAGACAGGUGGGUAAGUUUUUCUGUAUACCUAAAUAUAAGAACGAAACGCGCGCUACGCUAGCCGUCAUGAUUUUAUUCGACGCUGUCGUUCGCUUCUCUUUAUCUCUCAAUAUGGUAGGCUUAAAAUAAUGAUUCAUACUACUUUAUGUGAAUGGACACGACGAAAAGAUGCAAGUAAAUUGAUGUG